AUGCCUCCUGAGUUGAAUAUUGUUCCUGUUACUGCUGGCCGGUCGGGCCAACUCCUUCCAGCUUUGGUAAACAUGUCAGGGCCAUUAAUGGGGGUCCGAAGUUCGACAGGGAGCUUGAGGAGUCGCCAUGUCUCUCGAGACAGUGGAGACUACUUCAUUGACACGCCAAAUUCUGGGGAAGAUGGGUUGCAUUCUGGAGCGACAACACAUGGUGUAAAUGCUAAAGAACUUCAAUCUGCCUUACAAGGGCAUCAGCAACAUUCACUUACUCAUGCAGACAUAGCAUUGAUUUUGCUAGCAGAAAUUGCAUAUGAAAAUGACGAGGAUUUUCGGGAACACUUGCCUUUGCUCUUUCAUGUCACAUUUGUCUCCAUGGAUAGUUCGGAAGAUAUAGUUCUGGAGCACUGCCAGCAGCUGCUGGUUAAUUUAUUAUACUCCCUUGCAGGCCGGCACUUGGAGUUGUAUGAGGUUGAAAAUACUGAUGGGGAGAACAAGCAACAAGUAGUAAACCUAAUCAAAUAUGUCCAGUCAAAGCGAGGGAGCAUGAUGUGGGAGAAUGAGGACCCAACAGUUGUCAGGACUGAGCUCCCAAGUGCAGCACUCUUAUCUGCCCUUGUGCAAAGUAUGGUGGACGCAAUCUUUUUCCAAGGAGAUCUUCGAGAAACUUGGGCAGCAGAGGCACUCAAAUGGGCCAUGGAGUGCACAUCAAGACACCUUGCCUGCCGUUCACACCAAAUUUAUCGUGCAUUGCGGCCCCGUGUGACAAAUGAUGCAUGUGUAUCACUCCUCCGCAGCCUUCACAGAUGUCUAGGAAAUCCAGCACCCACAGUUUUGGGUUUUGUUAUGGAAAUUCUGUUGACAUUGCAAGUGAUGGUGGAGAAUAUGGAGCCAGAAAAGGUAAUUCUUUACCCUCAGCUGUUCUGGGGGUGUGUUGCCAUGAUGCACACAGACUUUGUUCAUGUUUACUGCCAGGUGCUUGAGCUCUUCUCUCGUGUGAUUGAUCGUUUAUCAUUUCGGGAUAGAACAACCGAAAACGUGCUCCUAUCGAGCAUGCCCCGGGAUGAGCUCGAUAUGAGCAUCUGUGACAGUACUGACUUUCAGAGGACGGAAUCAACCAAUGUCUGUGAGACAUCACCAUCCAGUGGGAAGGUGCCGGCCUUUGAAGGGGUGCAGCCUCUUGUUCUUAAAGGACUCAUGUCAACCGUAAGUCAUGGUGUCUCUAUUGAGGUUCUCUCGCGUAUCACUGUUCAUUCUUGUGACUCAAUCUUUGGGGAUGCAGAAACACGCCUGUUGAUGCACAUCACAGGCUUGCUGCCCUGGCUCUGCUUGCAGCUAAGUCAGGAUGCAGUGGUAGGCCCUGCUUCGCCUCUCCAGCAGCAGUACCAAAAGGCUUGCUCUGUUGCAGCCAAUAUUGCAAUUUGGUGUCGAGCGAAGUCAUUGGAUGAACUUGCCACCGUGUUUAUAGCUUACUCCCGUGGUGAGAUCAAGAGCAUAGACAAUCUACUUGCAUGCGUAUCACCACUAUUAUGCAAUGAGUGGUUCCCAAAACACUCAGCUUUAGCGUUUGGGCACCUGCUGCGACUUCUGGAGAAAGGGCCAGUUGAAUAUCAGCGUGUAAUACUUCUCAUGCUUAAGGCAUUGCUCCAGCAUACUCCCAUGGAUGCUGCUCAGAGCCCGCAUAUGUAUGCAAUUGUGUCCCAGCUGGUGGAAAGCACAUUGUGCUGGGAGGCACUUAGUGUGUUGGAAGCCCUCUUACAGAGCUGUAGCUCUGUGCCGGGUUCCCAUCCACAUGAUUCUGGUGCAUUUGAGAAUGGACAUGUCACAGACGAAAAGCUUCUUGCUCCUCAGACCUCAUUCAAGGCUCGGAGUGGACCGUUACAGUAUGCACUAGGAUUAGGGCUUGGGGCAGGUUCCACGCCAGCUCCACAAGGCAGUGCAACUGAAUCUGGGAUGUCACCUAGAGAGCUGGCAUUGCAAAAUACGCGUCUGAUCCUUGGGCGGGUGCUUGAUAGCUGUGCGCUCGGGAGGAGGAGAGAUUACAGAAGGUUGGUGCCUUUUGUUACCAAUAUUGGAUACCCAUAA